GAUUCAAACUGCCCAGCCGCCGGCUCGCAGCGAUCGGCGCUGGCGCGGGUGCGGCGCAGCUGCCGGCCGGCCAUGGAGCACGGCAUCGUCGGGCCGGGGCCAUACCGGGCCACUAGGCUGUGGAACGAGACCGUGGAGCUUUUCCGUGCGAGGAUGCCCUUACGGAGGCAUCGCUGUCGUUUCAAGAGUUACGAGCAUUGCUUCACGGCGGUCGAGGCUGUGGACUGGCUGCAUGAGCUGCUGAGGUGCAGUCAGAACUUCGGCCCGGAAGUGACUCGCAAACAAACAGUCCAGCUGCUAAAAAAGUUCCUGAAAAAUCAUGUUAUUGAAGACAUCAAGGGAAAGUGGGGUCAGGAGGAUUUUGAAGACAACCGUCACUUAUACAGAUUUCCACCUUCCUCACCCUUGAAACCAUACCCAAAGAAGCCUCUGUACCAAAAGGAGGUUAUUAAAUUUCCAGAAUGGAAUGAUCCCCCACCAGGCACAUCACAAGAGAACAUCCCAGUGAAGCCAGUUGUAAUGAAUUCCGAGAUGUGGUACAAGCGUCACAGUAUUGCUAUUGGAGAGGUACCAGCUUGCCGUCUCGUCCACCGCAGACAGCUGACAGAGGCCCACGUAGAAGAGAUAUGGAAGUCUAUGACAUUAUCAUACUUACAGAAAAUCCUUGGCUUAGAUUCCUUAGAAGAAGUUUUAGACAUCAAACUUGUCAACUCCAAGUUCAUCAUCCAUAAUGUAUAUAGUGUUAGCAAGCAGGGAGUUGUUAUCCUUGAUGACAAGUCAAAAGAACUUCCUCAUUGGGUGCUAUCAGCUAUGAAGUGUUUGGCCAAUUGGCCCAACUGUUCUGAUUUGAAGCAGCCCAUGUACUUAGGAUUUGAAAAAGAUGUCUUUAAAACCAUAGCAGAUUACUAUGGUCACUUGAAAGAGCCUCUGCUUACAUUUCAUCUUUUUGAUGCUUUUGUAAGCGUAUUAGGUUUGUUACAGAAGGAGAAAAUGGCAGUGGAAGCAUUUCAGAUUUGCUGCCUCCUACUGCCUCCUGAAAAUAGGAGAAAGUUACAGCUGUUGAUGAGGAUGAUGGCGAGGAUCUGCUUAAACAAGGAGAUGCCCCCACUGUGUGAUGGCUUUGGCACCCGAACACUGAUGGUUCAGACAUUUUCCCGUUGCAUCCUGUGUUCCAAGGAUGAAGUGGACUUGGAUGAAUUAUUAGCUGCUAGGUUGGUGACGUUUCUGAUGGACAAUUAUCAGGAAAUUCUGAAAGUGCCUUUGGCCUUGCAGACCUCUAUAGAGGAGCGUGUGGCUCAUCUACGAAGAGUCCAGAUAAAAUAUCCAGGAGCUGAUAUGGAUAUCACUUUAUCUGUGCCAUCAUUUUGCCGUCAAAUUAGUCCAGAGGAAUUUGAAUAUCAAAGAGCAUAUGGUUCCCAGGAACCUCUGGCAGCCUUGUUGGAGGAAGUCAUAACAGAUGCCAAACUCUCCAGUAAAGAGAAAAAGAAAAAACUGAAGCAGUUUCAGAAAUCCUAUCCUGAAGUCUACCAGGAACGAUUUCCUACACCAGAAAGUGAAGCACUUCUGUUUCCUGAAAAACCCAAACCAAAACCGCAGCUGCUAAUGUGGGCAUUCAAAAAGCCUUUCCAACCAUUUCAAAGAACGAGAAGUUUUCGGAUGUAAUACUUCCAUAGCAAUAGGAGUUAGAGACCUUCUGUUAUUGUUUCUGUUGUUUUGAGUGAUUGAUUCCGGUUAGGAGAAGGACUAUGUUGGUUGAAGAAAGAAAAGCAAAAAAUAAUGGACUUCUGAAAUGUAGUUUGUAAAGAUUAUCUAAUUUUAAGAAAUGUUGAGCCAAUAUCAGUAUUUUUAUAAAACUCAAUGCUAUUUUUAAAGUGUACAGAUUAAUAAAAACAACUGAGUCAAAUAUAUAGUGGUAAUGUUAACAUAAUUUGUAAUUGUUACAAAAUGGUAUUUUCAUCUUUUUGUUUUUUGUCAUGGUGUUUAUACAAUAGUUGUUUGUACAUCCUACUGGAUGUUAUAACCAAGUCUUAAAAAUAGCAUAUAUAUAUAUACACACACACGUGAAUAAGAAAGACACUGGGUACUGUUACUGUGAUGCCGUUGUCUUAAUGGCCAGUUGUGAUUUCUCCUAUGUAAAUUCCAUUUCUAAUUGUAUAAAAAUUCUUAAUGUCCUAUGUGUAUUUUGAUGUCUGUGUCUUUUAUUGUGGAUUUGUUGGAUGCAAUGACAGACUUUAUUAAAGCUGGUAUUUUUAUAACAUGUAUAUAUUAGUUGGCAUUUACCUAUAGGUGUAGUAGAUUUUCAUCUACCUGCCAUGGUCUUAGCUACAGAUCGAAAAUUGAACUGUAUAAAUUAUUUGGGUUCUCAUAGACUUGUAAUUCUAAGCAAAAUCUUUGUUUUCUUGAGAAACACAAAUGGGUAAAAUAAAACAAGACUACUUCAUUUAUAAAUAUAUUUUCAUCCCUUUGAAAGUACGUGAAAUGUAAAUAAAUAUGUUUUUUA